AUGACUCUCCCAGAUCAGAGUAAUUUAGUAAGAUGGGGUAAAAGUACCGAAAAAACUUGCUAUAUCUGUGGAAAGGCAGUUGGAACUGCUAAGCAUCUGCUGGUGGGAUGUAAGGUACUCCUGGACAGCGGUCAAUACUCGCGUCGUCACGAUAGGGUUUUAGAAAUCAUACGUGAAUCGGUUAGUCUUUCGGUAGCCAGAGCGCAAAAGGAAAUAACCACAAACGAACGAUCAGUAGGUUUUGUGAGAGAAGGCACUAGGGCUACAAAAUCAAACGUCAAGCCUUACUCCAUCCUUAAAGCGGCGUCGGAUUGGACUAUAAUGAUGGACACGUAUGAAAAGCAAUAUAAAAUCCCCGAGGAUAUUUGUGCGUCGGCCUCCAGACCGGAUAUAUUUUUGUUUUCGCGAAUUUUAAAGCGCGUAGUGAUGAUAGAGCUUACGGUCCCUUGGGAAACCAACAUCCCCAAAGACCAUACCAUCAAGGUCAACAAAUAUUACGAGCUCACAAACGAACUCACUCGAAAUAGGUUCGUAGUAGAUUUGUACGCAGUAGAGGUGGGAGCGAGAGGUAUAACAGCGAAAUCUCUCUACAACCUACUAAAGGACUUGGGCUUGUCCAGAACUCACAUUAAUGCAUUCUUGGAACGUAUAUCGAAGGCAGCCCUAGUAGGUUCUUUUCAAAUUUGGUUAGGUAGAGAGAGGAGCUUGGACAGUGGAGGUGAGCGUAUAACGCGCAAACUAAGGAGUUCUCAAAGUUUAAUGAUGACUUCAAGCUAUGAGGAGUUUCCGACCAGGGAUGUUGGACCCUCAAGUCAAUGUGGUCAGGAACUAAUCUUCAAAGAUGUUCUCAUUGCUGGGUCUCAUAGAAACCUGGUUGGUUGUGGCAGAGGGAGAGGAAGACUUGCCAAUUACAGCAAUAACAGCUAUGACUUAAAACCUUUCUCAAGAUAA